AUGCAGUCCCUGAUAGGAGGUCAGGCGAUGGCCAACGCGCCCUCCAACCUCGGGACACCCGCCGGGCAGGGUGCCGGACAGCAGGCGGGCUCUCAGAUGCACCUCGCCAACGGCCACAACGGUGCUGGCGGCGCGGGAUCGUUUGGCACCGUAGGCGGCUCCAUGCAGAACGGCGCGGGCGGUGCGGGCAGCGCCGGCAACACGCAGAACCUCGUCUACCCGGCGCUGCACCUCCACCCGCUCAACGACACCUUCGCCCCCAAACAAAUCAACCUUGCACCGCCUGGACCCAACAACCGGAUCAAGAUCGGAAGGCAGACCAACGCCAAGACGGUGCCCAAUCCGUCCAACGGAUACUUCGACAGCAAGGUGCUUUCCAGGAUGCACGCGGAAGUGUGGUGCCAGGAUGGAAAGGUCUUUAUCAAGGAUGUGCGCUCGUCCAACGGCACCUUCAUCAACGGGGAACGGCUCUCGCCCGAGGCGCAGGAGUCGGACGUCUUUGAGCUGCACAACGAGGACAUGGUCGAGUUUGGAAUCGACAUCGUCGGCGACGACAGCAAGACCAUCAUCCACCACAAGGUGGCAUGCCGUGUGUACCUCGUCAUCACGGCAGAGGAUGCGCUGGGGCUGCGCAACGACUUUGCCAGCCUCUACCGCGGCGGCGUGCACGGCGGUCCCUUGGGCAACAACGGCGUGGGUCCGGGUGCCGAGGGUGGCCUCCGACGCGGCAAGGCCGGCUUCAGCUUCGACCACGUGCUCAGCAAGCUGCAAAACGAGCUGCAGCGGAGCAAGGAGCAGUGGAACGACCUCGGAAGCCUGACGACGACGAUGCACGACAUCCACGAGACGCUGGGCGGCGGCGCGGCGCCGAUGGCCAACCCUCCGUACCAGCACAUGGUCCCGCCGCUGCCGAGCACCGAGGCGCAGUCGAGGGAGGCCGCCGAGUCCGCCUCCAAGCACGCGCAGACGAUUGCCGGCCUUCAGGCCCAGCUCACCGAGACGCAGGCGUCGCUCACUUCCCACGUCGACAAGAUCAAGAGCCUCGAGGAGAUGCUGUCGGAACACGCAUCGAUCAAGGCCGAGGUCGGCGCCAUCAAGAUGCAGAUGGAGCAGGCGAAGCGGGAGAUGGAGCUGGCCACCGAAAGAGGCAGCAAAGGAGGCGCCAGUUUCGGAGCCCGCCUCCGGCAGCUCGACGAUGGCUCCGUCUCGAGAGCCGCUCCUGCCGACGACGACGACCUCGACGACGGCAUGAGCGUCGCCAGCAUGGACACCGUCCUGGCCGGUGACGACGCCGGGAGCGCCGCCACGCUGAGGCGAGCGCCAGACGGACAUGUGGGCCCUAGAGCGCCGCCCGAUCUGCCGCCUGGCGUCGAGGAUCCAGACAAAGAGGCCAGGGAGCAGGCGAGUGAGGGGGACGCCGAGCAGGCGACGGCCGCCACUGCGGCAGCGCAUGCUGCCGGAGAGUCAGCAUCGGCGACGGCGCGGGACGACGAGCUGCGAGCUCAGAAUGCAGCGCUGUCGGCACGCCUGGAUCAGCUCUCGAAGCAGCUGGAGUCGGCGCUUGCACUUAGCGAGGGCCUGCAGAGCCAGCACGCACAGGUGACCGAGACCGUCAAGGUGCUCGAGAGCCGGGUGCGGACGCUGGAGAAGGAAGUGGAGCAGAAGGUCGGGCGGGUCGAGGGGACCGUUGCACAAGCGAUGGAAGGUCGAUGGACCGAAUGGCGGCAGGAGAUUGAGGAGGGAUGGCGCCGCGAGCGGGAAGGAUGGGAAUCGGAGCGGGAAGAGCUGCGCAAGGUGGUCAAGGCGUGGGACGAAGCCAACAGACGGAUGGAGGACGAGCUCAACGGCGAGUUUGAGGGUGCUGUGUCCGCAUCGGCACCGCAUGCGACUUCUUCAAGCGUCGACGCAGCGGAAAUGCAGGACGCAGCGGCAGGACCUUCGAGCUCAGCAUCCGACGGUCUGCGCAGCAAGGAAGCUACCGGCGGCAAAGUGGCCACCGUCGAUGGCGCACAACCGAGAAACAACGGCAACGGCAGGCGCAGCAAGCGCAAGCGCCACGUCAACAGCGCUCUGCGGAGCCUCCUAUACGGCUCUAGCGGUGCCGGCACCCUGGUCAACGGAUCCGAAGUAUCACCGCGCUUUGGAAGCGACGGCGAAGGCCAGGACGAGGGCGAUGGCGAAUCGAGCCGCAGUGCGGGCUCCCGCGCAGGCCGGUGGUCCGACGACGAGGGCUCGUCAAGCGGCCAAACGAGGAGCGUUGCCGACUCGACUUCGACGAGACCUUCCGUCUCAACCGGCAUCACCUCGCCCGGGCUAUCUCCGGCCAACUCGGUGGCGGGUCGCAAGUAUGGCAACGACGGUGGCACCGACAGAGCCGUCGGGGCUGGUUCCGGGCGCGGCGAGCUCGGACCACAUGGUGGCAGAUAUACCAGCAAGGACUUGACACACGCGGGCGGACAGACCAUUUCGGCGGCAGCAGCGGGAGUUGUGGUGGUCGGCGUCGCGGCUUGGGUGUUGGCAGGAAAGAGCGGCAUCGCAUUCUCCAUCCCAGCCUCCGCCAAAGUCUAG